CCUGAGCUAAACAAAAGCAGGAGACAGAGGGGGUGCUGGAGUUUGCAGAGACAUAGAGAGGAAAGGGAGGGAGGGUAUUUUGCUUGCUUUGCUGCUGGGGUGGGGGCAGAGCUCUGGCUUUUGCAAGAAGAAGGGGAGAGGAAAAAAGAAAGCAAAGCAGCCCACCCCCUUUGAGAUCGCUCUGGCAGUGGCUGGAGGGGGGUGGGGGAAAGUUUGCCUUGCAACCUUCCUUCGCCUCUGCCUUCCCCAGAUCAAUGCCUAUUUGCAAGAGGAUUAAGAGGCAGAUUUAAAGGCUGAUAGCUCAUUUCUGCGAUUGCAAAAGGAGCCCCGGACUAAGAAAGCAGCCAGAAUCCAGCUCUGAUCCCCCCGCCCCAAGUGGCAAGGAGGUUUAUUUUUCUUGCUUUUUGGAGUCUUCCUCUUCCCCCUCCCCCCACCCCCGAGUCUCUUUUCCUCCCUCCCAGAAGCAACGGGAUCCCCCUCCCCCCUUUCUCGUUUUGCCUUUUUUUAAAAAAAAUUUCCUCCUCCCGAGAAGAAGGAUUUGGAGCCAGCGUGAAGGAUAAAAAGCCUGGUUGCUCCCUAGGAGGCGCGCCGAAGGAGCAGGAGGGAGAAGGAAGGAAGGAAGGAGAAAAGGGACUGCUGCUGCUGCUGCUAGCUUGGGCGAUGGACGAUCAACCCAGGUUGAUGCAUUCCCAUGCUGGGGUGGGGAUGGCAGGACAUCCCGGCCUGUCCCAACACAUGCAGGAUGGAGCAGGAGGGACAGAGGGCGAGGGAGGCAGGAAACAAGACAUUGGAGACAUUUUACAGCAGAUCAUGACCAUCACAGAUCAGAGUUUGGAUGAGGCACAAGCCAGGAAACAUGCUUUAAACUGCCACAGAAUGAAGCCGGCCCUUUUUAACGUCUUGUGUGAAAUUAAAGAAAAAACAGUUCUAAGUAUCCGGGGAGCCCAGGAAGAGGAGCCCACAGACCCACAGCUGAUGCGGCUGGACAACAUGCUGUUGGCAGAAGGCGUGGCAGGGCCUGAGAAAGGAGGAGGCUCAGCAGCGGCUGCAGCCGCAGCAGCAGCAUCCGGAGGGGCUGGCUCAGACAAUUCUGUGGAGCAUUCUGACUACAGAGCUAAACUCUCGCAGAUCCGACAGAUCUACCACACGGAGCUGGAGAAAUAUGAACAGUUUUUCUUGCCGUCCCAGGCGUGCAACGAAUUCACCACCCACGUGAUGAACCUCCUGCGCGAGCAGAGCCGGACCCGGCCCAUCUCACCAAAGGAGAUCGAGCGGAUGGUCAGCAUCAUCCACCGCAAAUUCAGCUCCAUCCAGAUGCAGCUCAAGCAGAGCACGUGCGAAGCCGUCAUGAUCCUGCGCUCCCGAUUUCUAGAUGCGCGGCGGAAGAGACGAAACUUCAACAAACAGGCUACAGAAAUCCUGAAUGAGUAUUUCUAUUCCCAUCUCAGCAACCCAUACCCUAGUGAGGAAGCCAAAGAAGAGCUAGCCAAGAAGUGUGGCAUCACAGUCUCACAGGUAUCAAACUGGUUUGGAAAUAAGCGAAUCCGGUACAAGAAGAACAUAGGUAAAUUUCAAGAGGAAGCCAAUAUUUAUGCUGCCAAAACGGCUGUCACUGCUACAAAUGUGUCAGCCCAUGGAAGCCAAGCUAACUCACCCUCAACUCCCAAUUCAGCUGGUUCUUCCAGUUCUUUUAACAUGUCAAACUCUGGAGAUUUGUUCAUGAGCGUGCAGUCACUCAAUGGGGAUUCUUACCAAGGGGCCCAGGUUGGAGCCAACGUGCAGUCACAGGUGGAUACCCUUCGCCAUGUUAUCAGCCAGACAGGAGGAUACAAUGACGGGCUCGCAGCAAGUCAGAUGUAUAGUCCGCAGGGCAUCAGUGCUAAUGGAGGCUGGCAAGAUGCUACUACCCCCUCAUCAGUGACCUCCCCUACAGAAGGCCCUGGCAGCGUCCACUCUGAUACCUCCAACUGAUCUCCCAGCAAAUCGCAUCCCUGGCUGACCCCAGCCCCACUCGGGGCCGGGGGUGGGAGGGGAGGGUGCUCUCCUGACACUGAAGCAGUCAGACUGGAGGUGGAACCAAUCGGCUAAACACAGCAAGAGUCGCCUUCUCUUCUCUUCGUCGGGAUGCUUUUUUCAGCCAAUCUGGACACUUCUUUAUACUCUUUUCCCUUUCUUUUCUGGGCAGAAGCCAUCUCUCCCCUCGCCACCACUCCCUCCCCAACCUUCUCCCUGAAGGAUAUUUUCAACAGUUAGAAGAAUUUAAAGAGGGGGGAAAAAACCAACAACAACAACAAAAGCAUCUGUCCAUUUCCAUGCUGGUGUUUUGAGGAGCCAAAAUUUACCUCACUCCUUUGCUAACAGGCAACCCACUUCCUUCAGCUUUCUUGCGCUCACACUACCUCUUAGCAGGAAUACUUCACAUCCGCUCUCUUCUGCUGCUGCUUCACCACUCUUCUGGUUCUGGGGACAGAGCUAACAGGACGCUUUCCUGUUCUGAAGCAAUCCCAAAACCUCAGUGAGUCACCCCCGGGGCAUUUCCAGUGACAGGGCGGAUAAAUGCAUUCCCAGUGCUGCCAGGCAUGUAGGAAAAGGGAGCAAAACUCCUCUGCUGAGGCUCUCCUUGCUUUCAAAAGGUACCAGGACACUGUGCUUGCACACAGGUGUAAACAGCAAACGCUAACCCUUCCGUCUGCCACCAUGCUUUGCCUCAGACCCCAAACACCAGCCAUUCAGCUCUGCAACAAACACACAUGGCAUUUGCCAGUGUGCAAAGAACCAAAAAUAUCCAAUAUUCUUUGCAUCAUGGUACUUCUAGGAAGGAAACAGCAGAGAGCAGUGAGUGAGAAACUGUGGGCAUCUGUAAUGCUAACACUUAGCACUCAGAUAGUUUUACUCAAUCAAAGCGCUGCAGAAACACCAAUGAGCGAUUGAUGGGGAUGGGGCCGAUUUGCACGACACUUAUGUCUGUAGUGUCUUUUCUUGUUGGCACCGAGAGCGUUGCACUGAAAAGCAAGCCAGGCCUGGCCCAUGUUGUGUUCUGAGUGGGUGUGCAUGCCUACUUGCUGGGGGGCUGGAUGGGCCUGGGGUGCCCCUUCUGCAGUUACAGUGAGAAACAGGCUCAUGUACUCAUUGGUACUAGUUAGCCCUUAAAAGGUGUUCAGAUAGCAUCCUGUGAAUUAGCAGGCAUAAAUGUUCCUUAUAGCCAACAGAUGAGCAAUGAAGACUGAAGGGUGAGGGGAGAGAUGGAUGCACACAGUCAAUACAUAAGUUGAAUGGACUGGAUACUUUCCAUAGCUUUUAAUAAACCAGGUCUGUUUUUGUCAGGGGGGAAAAUGCCCCAUAAACUAAAUAGUUUUCUAGUUUGGGGAUUUCUUUCAAAUUAAGUGCCAGUUUCAGUCCUGCAUCUUUUUGUGAAUCUAAGAUGUGAACUGAUAAGUACUAAAAUAAAUCAUGUAACAUUCCAUCCAGCCAAUCGGCACCCAGGAUCUUUCAGCGUUUUGUAGCAGGAGGGUUUGCGCCCAGUGUUGGUUCUCCUGCAGCGCUUGGUCAGCUGUAGGGAAGAGGGGCUCCUGAUUGGCCAAGAAGGAGGCAGGGUUUAUUCCUGGUGGAACGUUCCAUUGCACACUAACAAAACAAAAUGAGAUAAGGAGGGAAGGAUGUAGCCAACAGUAACUUUUGUGACAGAGUUAAAGUAGAUUGAUCUUUGUCUUCAGCUGGAGGCCUCUCUGGUGUGAGGGUGGCAUUUCAAAUGGAUGAACAUAAAGCAGGGCAGCUUCGGCAGCAAGCCCACUGGGUAGGAGGGCAGCCUGCAUUUAAAGUGCUGCUUGUGCUAUGGGGGGGAAUUGUUGCCUUUAAUAGGCGGGAUGAUAUGAAAAUAUGCUUCAUCUUCUCUUUUACGAACUACAGCCCUGAGCCAGAAAACACAUACGUGCAGUAGUCCCAUUGAUCAAAAUGGGUCUGCUCAGAAGCAACAAGAUAGGCAAGUGUGAGAGUGUCUCAAAAAUCUAAGUCUUAAGAAGAUCACUGUGUGGGGGUUAACUAUGCAUAAAUUGCUAAUAUGCUAAAUUGCAGAGCCAUGUGAUCACCCGUAUCUGUCCAUGCACCUCUGAGCAUAUCACCUGCACUCUGGCCACUGACCUCCACUGGCUUUUUUUCCUACCAAUUCUGGUAUUAGUGUAGAGCAAUUAUUGAGCUGCUUCAAGUAGCCACCAUUUGAAAUCAAAGCUCUGCCAGAAAAAUAGCCAUCCCUCCACUGAAAAAAAUGUAGAUUGAUUUGAGGCCAGACAUGGGCAAUAAACGGUCCUACAAGAGUUUAUGGUCUUGAAACACUGAGCCCCUGCAAAAGCUAGAAUUGGGAGCAUGUUUCUGUUGAAAUGGGAAGGUCCCAACUUACCAACAGGAUAUACAACACUUACUAAUAACCCUGGGAGGCUCCAAGGUAUUGGUUUUGACAUUUGUGCCUAUUUUUUAAGUAGAUGAACUAAUUUGGCUGGAUUAUGUAGGUUUCUAAAAUGUAGAUACUUAGAUCUCCCUCCCGCCCCUGAGUCUUGUACAGUUGGAUUCAAAGCUUUUUAGAAACUUUGGACAAAAAAUGACCAACAAAUUCUCUCACUGUCUCCCUACAAUUUUCCAGUCAGCUGUGGUGCUGAGACACCCAUGGCUACAGGUGGAGGGAUACAAAAAAUAGUCCCAAUUAAGGUCCCACACACACUUUACCCACGGUAAGCAGUUCUCCCACAAGUAGUCCCUGCACUGUAGUUCAUUGUUUUUCAUGGUUGUAACUACUCACCAGUGGGAGUAAAUUGCCCCAUUCGGUCCUAAGCAUUGAAAAAUUGUCUAGGCCAUCCCUACCCGGCAUGUAUAGGACACAUGAUGGGGCAACAUGCUAUCCUUGGACUGACUGGGACAGCGCAUGACGCUGCCAAUUGGGCGGCAUCCCAUCCCACAUCUCUGUCUAUAAAGCUUUUAUACUGCAUCCCGUCAUCACGUAUUCUCUCUUGCCUCGUAGCUAGGUGAUACACACACACACAAACACCAGAUCACCCCCCAGAUGUUCUCCCAAUAUGGCGUCUUGGCUACAUCACAGCCUAAGGCCUUGGUCUAGCCAAGAACUUAAGUGCAUGCUUAACUUGAAGCAUGUGACCAGUCCUGUUGAAGUCAGUGAUUUCAGUUGACAAAUGGGAGUGCUUAUGGGCUUACAGUUCAGCAUGUGCUUAAGUGCUUUGCUGGAGUGGGGUCUGUGGUCCAGAUCCUGUGACUGGUUCUAGACAGGUGGACCCCCCCACACACACACACCCCGCUGGCUGCAUGGUGCCUCAGGGAAAUGAAGAGGCCUCCAUGUAGGUGCAAGGGCCGUCUGCAGAGCCAGCUGUGAUGGUACCUCUUGAAAAUGAAUCAUUUGAGAAACAGAUUUAAAGCCAUGCCAACAUAAAGCAGCCUGCCCCUGGCAAUCCCUGGUCUGCUUGAGAAUCGAAUUGCGCCAUUCACCUCCAGUGCAGCAGGGACCAGUCCUCGGAAGUGGUUAGCUGAAGCUGCAUUUAUCCUCCCUCUCAUUCUCCCAUUCCCCACGGCAUGACAUCGACUCCUUUAUGGUAUUUAAUGCAUCACAUUUUUCGGUUUCCUUUUUCAUUCCUUUUACAUUUGUUGUUGUUGCUGACUGGUCGGUUGCCUUUUUCUCACAAACUUUGAAUUUUUUUUCUUUUUUUCUGCCCAGAAAAUCCUAACUUCGAUACCAAAAAAACAAAAUGGAAUAAAAACAAAACAAAAACAAAAACAAAAAAACUUGCAGAAAAUUUAAAAAAAAAUUAAAAAAAUAAAAAUAAAAAAAAAAACCUUGACGAUUCUUUCAGCUUUAUUAACAUUUUCCAUUGUUUCUUGCGAUUUGUGUCUUGUUCUUUGUAGCAUUGAUGAUAAUGAACAUUUGAUAAUGAAUGUUCUUGUAUAUUCAGAUAAAGGAAAAAAACCAAAAAAGCAGUCUGAAUUUAAUAGUGUUUAUAAUAAAAAAAAAAAUAAUUAAAAAUGACCUUCAUAGCACGCAAAAGUGAACGGGGAAGAAUUUCCACUCCAGUUCUUUCUGUGGCAAAAAGCGCUUCAUUCCUGUAUAGUUUAUAACACCAAACUACCUACAUUCAUCUUCUCUUUUGGUUUUUUUUUUUCCUUUUUUUUUUUUAAUUUUAUUUUGUUUUUAAUUUUUCUUGCAUUUGUGAAUUAGUUCAAGAAUGCUAGAAAACUGUAGAGUUGUGCACACUCAUUUCCUCUUACACAAUGUUUAAAAAGUGACAGUAAUUCAUUUUGUAAAACUUAAAAAAAAAAAUGGUUGGAAUAGUGAGCAUAAUAGGUACAUUCUAACACUUUAUGUUUAUUAACCUUGAGACCCAGUUAAUUACAUUUUCUUUUUGUUUUGUGUUCCUGUUUUUUUCCUUUUGGGGGCAAUUAUGAUGAGGAUGAUGAUGAUGAUUAUUAUUAUUUUUAAAUUGUCCAAGACUAUGGCCUUGUAAACUUCCCUUCCUCCACUUUUGAUGUAUAUUCAAUGUGAUGUGAAAAGCUUAAUUGGCAAAAAUCCAUUUUUUUUGGUUUGAUUUUUCUUGUGGAAUUGGAUCUGCUGUGAAAGGACUUCACUGUGUUCCCCUUCCUUGAAAAUUCAAACAUUGCCGAUCUUGAGCUCGCUCAAGUUCAGUGGAAGUUAUGAGCCUAAAUACCUUUGUAGAGCUGGGCCUAAGUGCCAUGGUGUGGGCCAAGACACUCAUCCUGCUAGGUGCUGAGUGCUUCAGCAAAGGGAUGAGCACUUGCAGGGGCAAGAUUUAGCUAUGGACCCAAAACCACACCUACUUAGCAAAGCUUUUCAGCAUGUGCUUAAGUGCAGUUAUGGUCAACUGAGCACACGGUGAAAGUUAAGCACUUGCUAAACAUAAGGAUGUUUCAAAGGAAUUUAAGGUUGUUCAGCACCCAGAUCCCAUUGCAUCUCUGUCUUAGGUGCUGUUGAAAAUCCCAGGCUGAACUGCUUUGCUGAAUAGGGAUGGACUUCAUACUCAAAUGCUUUCCUGAAUCAGGGCCCCUGUGAAAUGGAAGACUUAGUCUCUGAGCUCAACCCUUUCAAAUUGUAGCAGACCCAGCCUUUCACCGCACAGCUGGCAGUUUCUGUCUAUAAUUCUGAGCUCUGUCAAAUGAUAGGGUUUUGCCUUCCUUUUCAUGACUGAUCCCAGCAAAAUCUUGCUGCUUCUCCUAGGGCUUGAUCAAACCUCAUUAAAGCCAAUGAAAGGCUCCAGUGAACUUCAGAUCAGGUCUAAAAGCACUGGCCCAAAACACGAUGUUUACAAAAAUAUCACUCCAGAACUUUGGUCGUUACCAUAGACUACAUCAAUAUUUUGAAUAAAUGGAUCCUCCUAUUCUGAUCACCUUGUUAGAACUGGUGUGGAGUUUUUUUUCUCUCUCGUGUAUUGAGAAGCUUCCCUGUUUCCUCGUUGCCUGAUCUAAACUCAGUUAGGACCUCAUCCAAAGCCUACUGACGUCAAUGGAAAUACUUUUUCACACAGCGUGUAAUUAGACUGUGGAACUCAUUGCCACACGAUGUCACCGAGGUCAAGAAUAUAGCAAGAUUCAAAAAGAAGUUGAAGAUUUAUAUGGAUAACAAGGAUACCUAGAGUUACAAUACUAAUAAAGAGUAUUGAAAGGGAGAGGAAAAAACUCAUGUUUCAGGGAUUAAACCAAUCUAUUAGGGCUCAGGAUGAGCCCUUCAUGGGCCGGAGGGAGGGAGGGAGGUCGCUCCACAUCUGCUUGACGUGGAGUUUCUUGCACCUUCCUCGGAAGCAUCCCUUGCUUGCCACUGUUGGAGACAGGAUACUGGAUUAUACAGAUCAUGGGUCUGGACCAGUAUGACUGUCUUACGAAAAGAAUUCCGCAUACCUCAAGUGGGCUUUGGAUCAGGCGCUAAGGUAGAACAGUGCAUGAACUGGACAGGAAGUUUGGAGAUGAGUAAGAUCUGGGCCUGUGGCCUCCGAUCCUGUGACCACUUACACGUGCUUAAAUUUACACGCAUCAGGAGGCGACUGUUUUCACUGGGCCACCUCCCAUGCAGAAAGUUAAGCACAUGUAUAAGUGUUUGUAGAACCAGAGGGCUGUAUUUGGAAGGCAGAUGUAGUUAGCAUGAUAAAGGAAAUUAAAAUACCAGUUACCUCCUGAAAAUGAUACAGUUAAAGGUCCCAGUUCAAGAGGAGAGGUUUAUAAAACCAUUAAUUUUAACUUUUUUUUUCUUUUAAAGAGAUCCAAAAAAAACCCCUCAACUUUUCACAUCACUAAUUGAUUUUGCUUUUUAUCUUGAAGCUUCCUAGAAUACUUUAGCUUUCACACUCACGGUAGUGUUAUAAUUAUUAAAAUAUAAAUCAGACAUUGCAGGGUUUUUAAAAAAAUAAUUCGCACUGCAAACCCUUUUCUUCUUGUAAAGAUGUUCCAGUUGUUCUGAAUUGCUUUUUCUUUGCUUUGCUUUGCCUUUUUUUUUUCUAAUGGAUUCCGAUUAUAAAACCUAAAAAGACUCUGCUGUGACUUGGUUUUGAAACUUUAAGCUUUUCUGCUUCUGUAAAGACAAAGGCCUAUGUCUUUUUGACCCCAACUGAAACUUUUAUGUUCUAUAAUGUUACUAACAAGGUGUAGGUUUUACAGUCUCCUGAUUUGUACUGGUAAUGCAUAUUCCAAAUAAAUAGUUUCUUUUGUUGCAAA